ACACACCUCUCUGUCCUUUUCAUGUGGAUUAUUUACGGACUAAUAAACACUCACCUCAAGAACAAGCGAUAGUAAGUCCGGUAGCAACCGACCUAAACCACGAACAGAAAGGUCACCGGCCGCCCGGACGCAGAUACCCAUGAUGCCCCGCGCCUGCGACACGACCACACCCACUUCCUGCGCGUAGAGGAAGUCGCGGCGCCAGCAUGUCCUCUCACCCGCAGCCGGUCCCUCAGGCCAGGAGGGCAGUGGAUGCCCGUCACCUCCCCGGCCCAGCCUCCCUGCCUCUGCAGCUGGCACGAACCCACACGGACGUAGGCCUGGUGGACUAUCAUUCUCACUCUCGAGACUACAGCUCCCACAUGUCGCACGGAGCCCUGACCCAGCCGCACCGUCGCAGACCAUCCCUACUGUCCGAGUUUCAGCCGGGGAGCGACAGAGGUCAGGAGCCGCACAUCCGAUAUGAUCACAUCUACCUGCCCGAGCACAGCGGCCAAUCGGAGAUGGAGUACUCCGAGAUGAAACGCCCACGGCUGGAGUUGGGGGCGGAGACUCUGAUGCGUCACUCCGCCCACCGCCCUCCUCUUUCCCUGGGCACGACGGAGGACAUGGCAAAGCAACAUGAGAGGAGCAGUUCCAUGGGCAAAAUCGAGCCCAUCUCCCCAGUGAGCCCGGUUCAGAUCGAACCAGAUCUGGACCUGGUUCCCGCACGGUUCUCCAAGGAAGAACUCAUCCAGAACAUGGACCGCGUAGACCGUGAGAUCACAAUGGUGGAACAGCAGAUCUGCAAACUUCGCAAGAAACAGCAACAACUGGAAGAGGAGGCAGCAAAGCCUCAAGAACCUGAACGCUCCAUCUCCCCUCCCCCCAGCGAGGCCAAACAUCGAAGUCUGGUCCAGAUCAUCUACGACGAGAACAGGAAAAAAGCCGAGGAAGCUCACAGGAUACUGGAGGGACUGGGACCGCGCGUGGAACUGCCUCUCUAUAACCAGCCGUCUGAUACUAAGCAGUACCAUGAGAAUAUAAAAAUAAAUCAGGCGAUGAGGAAAAAACUCAUCCUCUACUUCAAGAGGAGAAAUCACGCUCGCAAGCAGUGGGAGCAGAAGUUCUGUCAGCGGUAUGAUCAGCUAAUGGAGGCGUGGGAGAAGAAGGUGGAACGCAUCGAGAACAACCCACGUCGACGAGCCAAAGAGAGCAAAGUACGAGAGUACUACGAGAAACAGUUCCCCGAAAUCCGCAAACAGAGAGAGCUGCAGGAACGCAUGCAGAACAGGGUGGGACAGCGUGGGGGGGGCUUGGCCUCGGCAGCGCGCAGUGAACAUGAGGUCUCUGAAAUCAUCGAUGGCAUCUCUGAGCAGGAGAAUUCGGAGAGGCAGAUGCGUCAGCUGGCUGUAAUUCCUCCCAUGCUGUUUGAUGCGGAGCAGCAGCGCAUUAAGUUCAUUAAUAUGAAUGGACUGAUGGACGAUCCCAUGAAGAUCUAUAAAGACAGACAGGUCAUGAACAUGUGGAGCGAACAGGAGAAAGACACCUUCCGUGAGAAAUUUAUUCAGCACCCAAAGAACUUCGGCCUGAUUGCCUCAUUCUUAGAGAGAAAGACGGUGGCUGAGUGUGUCCUGUUCUACUACUUGACUAAGAAGAACGAGAACUACAAAAACAUCGUCCGCAGGAAUUACCGACGAAGAGGCAGGAGCCAGCACAAUCAGCAGCAGCAACAACAAGUCAGCCGCAACAGUCAGGAGGAGAAAGAAGAGAAGGAGAAGGAGAAGGAGGGAGAACGAGAGGAGGAGAAAGUGGAGGGAGAUGACAAGGAGGACGGAAUGAAGGAUGACACAUCUGGUGAAGACGGAGAGGAUAAAGAGCCUCCGGUGGCUGUUAAAGGACGAAGGACAGCCAACAGCCGCGGCCACCGCAAAGGACGAAUCACUCGCUCCAUGGCCAACGAACAAGAGGAGACUGCCUCUCCACCCCUCAGCAGUGAACUGGCAAACCUGGAAAUGAAUGAAAGCUCACGCUGGACUGAGGAAGAGAUGGAAACAGCCAAAAAAGGCCUUCUGCAGUAUGGCCGUAACUGGUCCUCCAUUGCCAAAAUGGUGGGUUCCAAAACUGUGUCCCAGUGUAAGAACUUCUACUUCAACUACAAGAAGAGGCAGAAACUGGACGAGAUCCUGCAACAGCACAAAAUGAAAUCGGAGAGAGAGCGUAAAGCCAGGCGUAAAGGCAAAGCCCUGCAGAGUGAGGAGGCAAGUGCUCCGUCCGCUGCUGAGGAAGAGGAGAUGGAGGGAUCAGGGGUCAGUGGCAAUGAGGAAGAGGCUCCGGAGGAUGGAGAAGGGGGAACCAAUAACAGCUCAGACACAGAGAGCCUUCCCUCCCCACGGCCCUCUGAAGACAACAAGGUGAAAGAGGAGAGCUCCAAACCCGCUCCCGCCGCCUCCUCUUCCGACAAGGACACCGUCUCCUCGGAGACCGGGCAGGACGAGAAAGCCCAGGCUGUCCCCGGAGACGGCGAGGCGGCCGGCGUGAAGCAGGAGGUGAAAACGGAGCCAGGGGAGACCAGUAAGGAGGCCCAGGGGGAGGAUUUGGAUAAGAAGCCCCCGAACCUGGAAGCGGAAGAGGGGAAAACGACAAGCAAAGGCUCGGGGAAAAAGGAGAGAGAACACGGAGCGAAAACGGGCCCACACGCAGACAGCGACUCCAGCGCUACGUGCAGCGCGGACGAAGUGGAGGAAACGGAAAACUCUGAUAAAAACAGGAUGACUUCUCCACGACCCAGUUUGUUGAGUUAUGCUCAUGAUGGAGUCAUUUCUUCUCCUCUACAAAAGCCUCUAGACCUCAAACAGCUCAAACAGAGAGCAGCCGCCAUACCUCCUAUUUUGCCGGAUGUGUCAGGGCAGGCGGGCGUGCGCGGCGGCCUGGUAGGGAAGCAGGCGAUGCCCCACGCCCUGGCCCUGUACCAGCAGCAAAUUACCAUGGCCCACGAGUCCUCGCAGGAGGCCAAGCAACAGCAGCCACCCCAGCCAAUCAAACCACAGCAUUACCCAGUGGGCGGAGACUCCGGUAGCCCGCGCAUCCGCACCCGCAGUCCCAGCGCCUCUGACCGGGACAAGGAGGGUAAUAAGAAGGCAUUGGCUGCUGAGGACCUGAGAUCAGGGCUGGGCCGUCCCGUCCUGUCACCUUACCAGCUGUCCCCUCGAGACCUGGCCAAACUGGGCCACGAGCAGCUUCUGCACUACAGUGCCUCGUUGGCCCCUGGUCUGCAGCAGGAUGCUGGUCGAAUGGGACGUCCCCACCACAUCCCAGAACCCCCUCCCCUCAUCUCCUCAGCCAAACCUGGAGGCUCUAUAACACAGGGUACACCAGUGCAGUUGCAUAGCCCAGCUCAUGGCUCAGAGCAUGGAAAGAUGACACCAGGAUCUCUGGGUCUGCCUUGGAUAGACCAGAGGAAACUAGGUGCAUUCCCCGUUGUCAAACAGGAGCAGUUGUCUCCUCGCAGUUCCUCUUCGUCUCAGGCCGAGAAUCUGUCGUCUCAGGGCGGAGGUCAUGACAGCACUGCGGCCCGCGGUGCAGGGCCUGCAGUUCAAGGUGGCAGCAUCAUUAAGGGCAUCCCUGGCACCCGUGUGCACCAAGAGCCUCCUCUGUCAUACCGCGGAGGGUCCAUCACUCAGGGCACUCCGGCAGAGGUGUUGUAUAAGGGCACAAUCACGCGGCUCAUCACUGAAGACAGCCCCAGCAGAUCAGACAGAGGUCGAGACGAGACCUCCAAAGGUCAAGUGCUGUAUGAGGGCAUCAGUGGACACAUCCUGACCUACGACCGAGGGCAGACCCCCAAGGAGGAGGGUAGAGGAGAGAUCCUGGGGGUCAAACGCACCUAUGACGUCAUGGAAGGCGGGAUUGGCCGAAUGCUGCCCAUGAGGGAUUCUCUGUCUGCUGCCAACUGUGAGGGUUUGAUAAGCAGAGCUUUGCCUCAGGAGAGGGACAGUCCACAUCAACAUCACAUCCGUGGCUCCAUCUCACAGGGCAUCCCGCGUCACGUCGAUGCCCAGGAUGAGUACAUGAGACGAGAGGCCAAACAGAUGAAGACGGAGGGGUCGCCCUCCCCUCGCGGCUCCGCUCUGCCCCCCGACGCCCUGAAGGCCCGCGGCCACGAGAGCAUGGUGCCCACGGUCAAAGAACCCGGGCGCUCCAUCCACCUCAUCCCUCACGUGCCCGAAGGCGUGAUGAUGGGCAAGCCCUCCAAGGAGGGCUCCAUCACCCAGGGGACUCCCCUUAAACAGGAGCCCGUCAAGCGUCACGACGUCCGCUCCAUCAUGGCCAGCUCCCCUCGCCCCUAUUCCGGCCUCCCUCCUCACCUGGACCACAGAGGAGCCGAGAGGGGCCGCUUCGAGGAUUCGGCGCCCAAAGGAAGGCCCAGCGCGGUGGUCAGCACCUCCAGCUCCCUGGCCCGCGCGUCUCCCCUGGCCUUGGGACCGGAGCAAGGUGCCAAAGCCCACCACAGUCCCGUGGGGUACGACGAACACAAGGGCUCCCUGAGGAGCAGCUACCCAGGAGGGUCUCACCGCAGCUCCCCCCUGUCCGGACGAGAGUCUGGCCAACGGCCGCACGAAGGCUCCAGUAAAGGGCAGCAGCAGGAGAGGAAGGCCACUCCGACCCCGCGUGAGAUGAGCUCCACUAAGUCUCCUCUGACAGGCGUGGCCGAGCACCCUGCCACACUGACCUCGUACGAGCGACUGGUGCAGGGCCUGGGCGCUGACGUGUACCGCAGUCAGAUUCCCCUGCCCUUUGACCCUGCCACGCUGCCCCGGGGCAUCCCCAUAGACCCAGCGUACUAUCUGCCGAGGCACCUCGCCCCUGCCCCGGGUUACCCUCACCCUUAUUCGCCUUAUCUUAUCCGGGGAUUCCCAGACACGGCUGCCCUGGAGAACAGACACACACUCUUCACUGACUACAUCACCUCCCAGCAGAUGCACCAGUGGCCUGCCGCGGCUGCCAUGGCUGCCCAAAGACCUGACCUACUGAGAGGGCUGUCACCCCGAGACCCAGCUCUUACCCUACCCUACUCAUCAGCACAGAGAGGAGCCUCUGCCCCUCCUAUGGACCGCAUCACAUACAUGCCAGGGACACCCAGCACUUUCCCCAGCCGUGCUUACACCACCUCUCCCAUCUCCCCAGUUGGUGCCUCGCACAUGAGCAAGCUCACGGGAUCCGGCGCGUCAUCGGAGCGGGAGAGAGAGCGCGAGCGCGAGAGAGAGGAGAGGGAACGAGAUCGGGAGAGGGAGAGGGAGAGAGAACGAGAUCGGGAGAGGGAACGGGAGCGAGACAGGGAGAGAGAGAGAGAUCGAGACAGAGAGAGAGAGAAACCUCUGAGCCAUGGCAACGUGGAACAUGCUCCUAUAUGGAGACCAGGGGCAGCAGAACAGAGCGUGGGCAGUGGCAGUAAUAGCAGCAGCUCUCGACCUCCGUCCCACCCCUACAGCCACCAGCACUCCCCCCUGUCCCCCCGCCCUCAAGACAACCUUCAGCAGAGACCCAGCGUCCUCCACAACACUGGCAGCAGGAGUCUGCCCGUCCCUGACCACAGCACUUCCUCUGUGCUACGGUCUAUGCCACCAGGCUCCUCACGCUACCAGGGCUACCUCCCCAGGGCAGGACCGCCUUGUGAAGCUUAUCCGACAGGCGUGGACCCUAGCGGGGCUAAGGACGUCAGCCAGGAGGGGGGCAAGAGCCAGGGACGCGGAGGUUUGCCCAAACACUCCCAGGACCUGUCCUCUUCCUCCUCCAGCAAGUCCGACCCCAAACUGGCCAGUCCCAACGCGGGAGGAGGGGGAUACCCCGCGUCCUACGGCCAGGGCCCCGGAGCCAACAUGGGGCUCCAGAUGGGGCGAGGGCACCCCCUGCUGGGUGCGGAGGGGAGCGCGGGCCCCGCGCCAGGGCGCGGCGAAGGCGUCUGUGUGCCAAGUAGGGAAAAGAGUCAAAGCAAAGCGAUGUCCGCACAGGAACAAGAGCUGCGAGCACUCGGCUCUUCUAUAGUUCAGCAGAAGGCGAUGUCUCUUGAACAACAUGGACUUUACGGAUCGUCCUCUGAGGACAGACUGUCCCCUGGCCAACAGCCCUCGUCUCCUGCCCUCAAAGGCUCCCAAAGAGUGGUCACGCUUGCACAACACAUCAGCGAGGUGAUCACUAAGGACUACACGCGUCAGUCUCAGCAGGGACAGAUGGUUUCCCAGCCUGCCUUACAGCCAGUGUUUGCCUACCACAGCUCUCCUGUGCUGGAUCUCACACGCCCCCCCAGCGCUCCCCAGGCCCAGACCCCGUCUCAGGAGACCAGCUCAGGGGCCCGCUACACUCCAGAGGGUCCCGGAGGAGAGCGCGUGCGAGACAGGUCUCCUCCACAGAGUAAGACAUCUCCGGUCAGUUUACCUGCUGAUGGCAUUGAGCCCGUGUCUCCUGCAGGGGCAAUGUCUGAACCAGAGUCUCAAGGAGCAUGUUACCCCACUGAACAAGGGGAACAGGGCAUGGGCUCUCGCUCUCCCGCGGGCAGUAGCCAACCUCCUGCCUUCUUCAGUAAACUGACUGAGAGUAACUCCGCCAUAGUCAAGAGUAAGAAACAGGAAAUGAUUAAGAAGAUGACCGUGGUUGGUAACGAGACAGAAUUCAACUCUGGGCAGCCUGGGACAGAGAUCUUUAACAUGCCUGCCUCGACCACAGCAGGCCCAGUGAGUGUGCGCAGUCACCCUGCUCCUGAGGCAGGAGGGAACACUAUUGGUUUGGAGGCAAUCAUUAGAAAAGCCCUGAUGGGCAAAUACGACGACCAGGCCGACGAAAGACCUCCGCCCAACUCCAUUAACCAGCACGGCGCCGGCGUGCCCGCUGCCGCCAUGUCCACCGCCGCGGCCGCCGAGGCGCGGUCAGACGACCCUUACUCCAUGCCAGUGGGAAAGUCUAAGGGCAGCGGGCGCUCUAACGGGCGUAAGACUAAGUCUCCAGGGCCGGGACUGUCUGGGGGGGAGAGACCGUCGUCUGUGUCGUCUGUCCACUCUGAGGGAGACUGCAACCGACGCACCCCCCUCACUAACAGAGUGUGGGAGGAUCGGCCCUCAUCCACAGGCUCCACCCCAUUCCCCUAUAACCCUCUCACCAUGACGAUGCGUCUGCCCAGUGGGGUGAUGCCUUCUCCUACCCAGUCAGGGGCCCCGGGGCCCCAGCAGAAUCAGCCCCGUACCUGGGAAGAGGAGCCCAAACCGCUGCUCUGCUCACAAUACGAGACUCUGUCAGACAGCGAGUGAGCUUACGCAGACACGCACACACACACACACACACACACACACACACACACACACACUCGCACUCACACUCAGCGCCAAACACCAAUCUUAUACACACACACCUGCACAUACACAUGCAUACACAAGGAGGACCCCAGCCUGCUGCUGCUCUGCACACACACUUAGACACAGACACACACUUGCUUAUGUAAACAGGGAUAUUUGUAAUCACACAUCCUAGUUGCAGUCUCAUUCAUGCUAAUAACACAGACUAAUUAAUAUACACAUAAAAGUGAAAAAAACACAUAUUCCAUAACAAGUCAUUCACACAAGCAACAAUAUUCAGGCGUACAUUUACAUAGACGUUCUCUUGCGCACACACGCACACA